UUCGACGCUUCCCUUUUCCGUAUUGUCCCUUGCGUUGCCCUUGUCGCUUGGAGAUCUUGUGUGCGUCUUCGCCAGAGAGGAGGCCCACUGAACUAGUCUGUGUCAAGAUCACUCCGCCAGCCUGGCGCCGUACUUGUCCGCACGUGUUGCCAAGUAGCGGGGCGUGAAGUGGGUGCGUUUGUGUUUGGUGCCAGAAUCCGGACCUCACCAUCCUUCAUGUCUGGUGCUGGGGUUUUCUGCUGCUGCCUGUAGCCUGUGUAGGCCUGCCUGAUUGCUCGCUAAUAGUAGUAAUACGGACCAUAGGCACAGUCGCUGCCAGCAUGCCACACACAGCCAGAAACGCUGGUGUCAGAUUCAUACACAUGCUCGUAGUCAUUGUAUGACUACACACAAUUGACUGUCCCUUUACUCCAGCAGCCCCAUCGCAACGCCAGCGCCAAUGCCAAUGGCUCAUUCCGCUGGAUACUCCGUGCGACAUACGGCCGUACACAACGGGAUACAUGACGUCCAUAUCUCACGCGUGGCGCUGUAGCGGUGUGAGGAUGCGGACGACACCUGACGACGCACGUUCAGCGCUUUCUUGUAAACACCAUUCCAUCACAAACAACACCCCGAGACGCGUACUCCGUCUCUCACUUCUACCGACGUCCUCUUCGAGUACACAUUACGCUGAGAACGGAAAGGUGGAGUCCCCAGUCUGUUAGGCUAUUGGCCAGAUGCGCAGGACAAGCCCUCUAGCUACAAUCGUCUGCCGAUAAACAGUGGAAGCAGCCCAAUCCAACAGAACAAUUGAAGUCCAACAGGACGGUUCAACUGUUGUCUGGUCCAAAUCGAAACAGCGUGAACGAACCGCGAUACAGCUCACGUUACGCACGUCCUACUCCCGUUUCACGUAACGGUACACCGAAUCAUCCCAACCGGAGCCUAUCCGUGUGAGACGAUCGCUGAAGUUUCGUCGCCAAACGACGUUCAUCGACCCAUUGCCGAUCGAUUGGCUUGCUACUAGUUUCUAGUGUCCAAGACACUGUAUUCAGCAUCCAGAGCCCCCGAGCACCAUGGAUUCGGCAAGACACGUCCUCAUUGCACUCUUCCUACUGGCCACACUCGUUGUGAGCAUUACCUGGUCGGCACCCGCUCCAGAAGAGAGCCUGCUGGCACAUUUGUAUGAGAUGCACCGCCGCAUUCCCAUCCGUGAGCGGCCCACUCGUGGUGACCACACGGUGCGAGAGAUCCAAUAUGACGAGAAUCUCCAUAUUAGCGACAGCCCGGAGUUGUUCCUACCUGAACAUCCCUGCGACUUCAUAGACUGUGAGCACAAGAAGGUGUGCGUUGUCAAGACGGGACUCCGCACCCCGAGCGGUCGGCCGGUGGCCUGCAAACCACACUGCAUCCACCUAAGAAAAGCCAUCGCUAAGCCGCACGUGCCACGCGAAUGCAUCUACACACCGCAUCCGAGCAUUCACGGUGUCCAGAGGCUGAAGUGCAACUGCCGCAGCUCCUGCGCCACGAGCUUCCAACAGGCGGUGUGUGGAAGCGACGGGCAGACGUACAGCAGUUUCUGUGAGCUUCAGCGACAGAACUGCCUGAGAAAGACGGCAGUUCAGCCAAUGUCCAUUGGGAAAUGUCCAGCCACGCGAUCAGUGAAUUCGCCUGGACAGUGCAGGGUGCAGCUGAGAGCAUACUCCAUACAUAACAGGAGCCCAAUGUUUGGGGAGCCGAUUGACUACUCGUACGGCUUCCUGCAGCUGUCCUGCGAGGCUCACAACUGCACAGGAUCGCAAGUACCUACCUGGUAUAAGCAAGAUGUUGUGAAUGGUCUACCCACCCGUAGGCGGUUACCUCACGUUUUUAAUGCACAAAGGGGGAUUGUGCACGCCAAAGCCGGUUCAUCGUUCAAUGUGGUGUUUCCGACGCAGGUCUCGGAUAGCGGACUAUACACAUGCCAAAUAAGGGUGGAUGACAAAAGACUCACAGCGUCAACGCAAGUAAUCAUCCAGACACCGGAGACAGAAGCCCAGCUGGAAAUACGCCGUAUGGAGUACGAAGCACGCCUCCGUAGGUAUCAAUGAUAUCGAAACUGACUAAGAAGCACUGCCUUAUACAGACGUGGCUAAACAAAACUAUGAACAUCCAAAUCCUAUUUGCAAAUAUCUAUUUUCUGAAAUGCCUUGCAGCCAAAGCUCCCCCCGCCUAGCCCUAGCCCUAUUCCAGCUUUAGCAUCCCUUGAUCGUCAUCAUGACAAAGUAUUAUUGAUUUUUUUAUGCGUGCCUUUCCAAAUCUAAUCAAGUGCAUUGUUUAAUAUUACCUGUACAUGCACCUAUUAAUACUUGUAGUUAUUAUAUUACAACGCAUACGUAGAUUCUCUACUAUUGUAAUCUAUUCUACCAUUGUAAUCUAUUCUACUAUAGCUAUUGGUGCACAUAAUGAUUAGGACGUGGCUCACAUAGCGUCCUCUAGGGAUCUUCCCUAACUUUUUGUAAACAUCAUUGCGAUUUUCUCUUCCAACUAUGGUGGUGAUUUUACAGUUAUCUCCGUCGAAGUUUCUAGUUGUCACAUUGUUGAGAUUGUAGGCCCACUGUAAUUCCAAAUUGGCUAGCUUGAAUACUGCUAAGCAGGCUGGGUAUUUCCUGGA